UCAACACAACAAUAUCCUCAUCAACAACAACUUCAUACUUCAUACCAUCUUCCCAAAUUUUCCCGGAAAAUUCUCCACCAUUUUCCUUCAAACUUUCUCGAGAAAAUUCAAACAUCGGAAGUAGCUCGGUAGUCCAUCCAUGGCGGCCGCAGGCGGUGGCAAGUCGCUCGAGCAAACGCCGACGUGGGCCGUGGCCGUCGUCUGCUUCAUCUUACUCUUCAUCUCCAUCAUCAUCGAAUAUAUAAUCCACCUUAUCGGACAGUGGCUGAAGAAGAGACACAAACGAGCUUUAUUUGAAGCUCUUGAGAAGAUCAAAUCAGAGCUUAUGUUAUUGGGAUUCAUAUCGCUGCUUUUAACGGUCGGGCAAGGUCCGAUCUCUGACAUAUGUAUUCCUGAACACGUGGCUGCCACGUGGCAUCCUUGUACAAAGGAGAAAGAAGCGAAGAUGAAUGAAGAUAUGGAGAAAUCCGUGGAACAUUUGGCUAAUAAUGGCCGGAGACUUCUCCAUCUGAACGGAACUGGUGGAAGUUUCAGGCGGGUUUUGGCCGCGCCUGGUGGAGCCGACAAGUGUGCUGCUAAGGGUUUAGUGUCGUUUAUUUCAGCGGAAGGAAUUCAUCAACUUCAUAUCUUCAUAUUCGUGUUGGCUGUUUGCCAUGUUUUGUAUUGUGUUCUAACUUAUGCUUUGGCUAGAGCAAAGAUGAGGAGUUGGAAAACAUGGGAAAAAGAAACCAAAACGGCGGAAUAUCAGUUCUCACACGAUCCCGAGAGAUUUAGGUUUGCAAGAGACACCUCGUUCGGGAGAAGACAUUUAAACUUCUGGACGAAGAAUUCUACCCUAAUGUGGAUAGUUUGUUUCUUCCGGCAGUUUGUAAGAUCGGUUCCAAAAGUUGAUUACUUGACGUUACGACAUGGAUUUAUAAUGGCACAUUUAGCUCCUCAAAGUCAUACACAAUUCGAUUUCCAAAAGUACAUUAAUCGUUCUCUUGAAGAAGACUUCAAAGUAGUCGUGGGAAUCAGCCCACCAAUCUGGUUCUUCGCUGUGCUAUUCCUCCUCUCAAACACCCACGGUUGGAGGGCAUAUCUAUGGCUGCCAUUCAUCCCAUUAAUCAUUCUGCUGCUGAUCGGGACGAAGUUGCAGGUGAUCAUAACGAAGAUGGCGCUGAGAAUACAAGAGCGAGGCGAAGUGGUGAAGGGCGUGCCGGUGGUGGAGCCUGGCGAUGACCUGUUCUGGUUCAAUCGCCCUCGCCUCAUUCUUUAUCUUAUUAACUUCGUUCUCUUCCAAAACGCCUUCCAAGUUGGCUUCUUUGCUUGGACUUGGUAUGAGUUCGGGCUGAAUUCUUGUUUCCACGAGCAUGUAGAGGAUGUGGUGAUCAGAAUCUCGAUGGGGGUGAUUGUACAAAUCCUUUGUAGUUAUGUAACUCUACCUCUUUAUGCAUUGGUAACUCAGAUGGGUUCAACAAUGAAGCCAACUAUAUUCAAUGAGAGAGUGGCAGCUGCCCUUAGAAAUUGGUACCACACGGCUCGAAAGCACAUCAAACACAACCGUGGUUUGAUCACCCCAAUGUCGAGUCGACCCACCACUCCGACUCACCACAUGUCACCCGUUCACCUUCUUCGACAUUACAAGAGUGAGGUCGAUAGCUUCCAUAACUCGCCGAGAAGGUCACCGUUUGAACCAGAUCGUUGGGACAAUGAUUCACCGUCCCCUUCUCGUCAUGCUGAUGGUUCGUCCUCGUCACAACCCCACGUUGAGAUGGGAAGCUAUGAUAAAGAUCCAAUUGAAUCAGGUUUGACUGAAGUUAACCCUGUUCGACCGUCUCGAACGCGCACUCAACAUGAGAUUGAUAUUGGUCAUAAAGACUUUUCGUUUGAUAGAAUUGAAUGAAACGGUUUCGUUUAGAAGUUCGUGGAUGUUGAAGGGAGUAGAUUAAUCUAGACCGUUCAUCUCGAACUUUUUUAACAUGUACCAUAUUCUGCUUAUGAUUUUUUCAAUCUUA